CCAGCAACGAAUGUUUUUGUUCGUAACUCAGAAAUCAUCAGGAUUUUCUCUCAGUAUCUAAUACAGUAUCCUCCAGUUCCUUUAUAUAACUUUAUGCGACUUGACUACAUCGUUUACAUUAUCGUUUGCAUACUUGCGCCUGAUUAUUUUUCUCCUGUUAUUGCAUAACAAGCAAGUGAAAAUUAAAAAUUGCUCACAAGAGGUGCCGCAUUAGAGUUUUAUGUUAGAAACUCGCUCGGCCGUUUACAAAAUGAUGAAGAACGUCGCUCACGAGGAACGUCAGAUAAAAUACUGGCCGCCUCCUUUUGCAUCCGACAUGACGCCUUAUCGUGAAAGAGAUUUUGAUGGUAAUGUCAGAAAAGUUUGUUUGUCCAAAAGUCUCGUACCUAGAAUAUCAAAGGCGAUCGUCCUCGGUGACGUUGCCGUCGGCAAAACGUCUCUGGUUAAUCGAUUUUGUCACAAACUCUUUGACAACAAUUACAAGGCUACCAUAGGCGUGGAUUUUGAAGUGGAACGUUUUGACGUACUAGGUGUACCUUUUAAUUUACAAAUAUGGGAUACUGCUGGUCAAGAACGAUUUAAAUGUAUAGCUGCAUCUUAUUACAGAGGAGCAAACAUUAUUGUCAUUGUUUUCGAUUUGGGCAGUCUUAUGUCAUUGUCCCAUUCCCAACAAUGGCUUGCUGAAGCAGAAAGAAGUAAUGUAGGAUUUUAUCAUAUCUUUUUAGUGGGAACCAAAAGAGACCUCUUAUCCAAUAAGGUUUACGAAGUUAUUGAGAAGAGAGCCAUAACGGUAGCUAAAACAAUAAAUGCAGAAUACUGGGCAGUGUCUUCCAGAACAGGUGACGGUGUGCCAGAAUUAUUUGCAAGAAUGGCAUCAUUAUCAUUCAACGCUACUAUUAUACGAGAAUUACAAACAUCUGCUACUGAACAAAUAACCGUGGGCUCUGAUCUCGUUACUCUAAAGAAUCAAAAGGAACUUCCAGAGAAGAAGAAAUUAAAAUGCAAUGGCUGUACCGUAUAAAAAUAACAAUAUACAGCAAGUUACGCACAUAUAUGAGCAUUUGCAAUCUUUGUACUAAAUAUCGAAUAAGCUGAAUAUGAAAAGUGAGCCAAAAGUGCCAUAAA